AAUCGAUAGAGAGAAAACAGAGAGUGAAAGUUAAACACACAAACUUUCCUCUAGCAAUCUUAGAGAGAGAAAAUCUCCUCAACCUCCAUUUCCACUCCUUUCUUUAUCCUCUCUCUCUCAGAUAUGUUGAAGAUCCCUUGCAAUGUGACUGACCAAAUCCACCUUCUCUCUCAAUGUAGAUUCCUCCCUCCUUCUACUCCUCUCUUCUCCUCCUCCUCCUCCUCCUUCCCCCGCCGUUACCCCCCCGCCCUCCCUAGACCUCCCGUUCUCUCUGCAAUUGUCUCCGAUAGAGGUGAAGCUUCUCUUCACACUGCUUCCGGAACCUUGGCGGAUCGCCUUCGCCUUGGAGCCUUGGUUGAAGAUGGACUCUCUUAUAAGGAGAAAUUCAUUGUCCGAUGUUAUGAGGUUGGAAUCAAUAAGACCGCUACUGUUGAAACUAUUGCUAAUCUCUUGCAGGAGGUUGGUUGCAACCAUGCUCAGAGUGUUGGAUUUUCCACGGAUGGUUUUGCCACAACCCCCACCAUGAGGAAGUUACAUCUCAUAUGGGUAACAGCACGCAUGCACAUAGAAAUUUACAAAUAUCCAGCGUGGAGUGAUGUGGUUGAAAUUGAGACAUGGUGUCAAGGGGAAGGGAGAAUUGGAACUAGACGUGAUUGGAUACUUAAAGAUUAUGCCACUGGUCAAGUUAUAGGAAGAGCAACCAGUAAGUGGGUGAUGAUGAACCAAGACACUAGACGACUUCAGAAAGUUAAUGAUGAUGUUCGUGAUGAAUAUUUGGUUUAUUGCCCACGGGAUCUCAGGUUAGCAUUUCCUGAGGAGAACAAUAGUAGCUUGAAGAAAAUUCCAAAACUGGAAGACCCUGGUCACUAUUCCAGACAUGGACUAAUGCCUAGGAGGGCAGAUUUGGACAUGAAUCAGCAUGUCAAUAACGUCGCCUACAUUGGAUGGGUUCUGGAGAGUAUGCCUCAAGAAAUCAUCAAUAGCCAUGAACUUCAGACAAUCACAUUAGACUACAGACGAGAAUGCCAACAAGAUGAUAUCGUGGAUUCCCUUACAAGCGUGGAGGAAGUUGAGAAUGGAGGCAAAGCAGUUCCAGAGCUUAAUGGAACAAAUGGUUACAUUUCCAGUGACAAAGAAGACACCCGUCAGUUUCUGCAUCUUCUAAGAUUGUCCAGUGAUGGACUAGAAAUCAACCGAGGGCGCACCGAGUGGAGAAAGAAACAACAGAGACGAGGGUAAUGGUUCUAUGAUCUAUAUUAUGUUUCAGUAUUUGGGAUAAGUUUUGGUUUCUUUUGUUUCCACUUUCAUCAUUUUCCGCCUUUCAAAUUUUGUUUGGUUUUUGUCAAUCUGUUGGUGCUAAAACUGUUUGAAGUGUGGAGUCUAGAAUCAGCCUAGUAGAGUCAGGAAAGUUGAAUGUAUGUACUUUUAAUAGGAUUGUUGAUCAAAACUUUGUAACUUAUUUUGAUUCCUUUUGAAAAGACCGUGUUGUGAUGUGGGAUUUGUUAGCAGGUAAUAAGAUUCAAGAAUCUGCAGGCUUUAUUGUUUGUCUA